AUGGUUGGAACUAAACCUUACGUGAUUAUUUAGAGGGGUGGGUGAUUUUUGCUGCAGUUUGAAAUGCACGUCCACUAAUCCUUGUGGGGCAAAACUACCGUAUGAGAAAAAUCAGCAUUUAGUAAGAGAAAAAUUAGCAUUCAUUCUUUCUUUGAAUUUUUGUCGGCUCUGAGUGUCACAACAGAAAUUUUUGCGGGAUCUUUUGAUUCGGAAAUCUUUUUCCCUGAACGUUUUAUUAGUUCUUCUACAGUGGGGGACCUGUUCCAGUGUCAAAAAAAGUACCACUUUGCAUCCGGGAAGCAUCAAAAAUGUGGCAAAAUGCUUCCCUCUCCAAGUGAAAAAAAAACUAAAACUCCGAUUUCAAAAGGGCGCCCGCUUUUUUUGUGAGGGAAAGGGUACGCGUUUUUCCACUGGAUCAGGUCCCCCACUGUAGUGGGACACUUCGUUUAUGACGUAUUCGUAGCCUUCGCUGAGGGCAUGCUACCCAUUAUAUCGGCCUGUCGGGAAAAUAAUUAGCGCAACGUCACAUCGCUGCCGGGAAAAUGAAUGCAAAAUCAAACUGCUUUUCACUUCAGCAACGAGAUCGGCGCAGCGACAUUGCGCUCAUUAUUUUCCCGGCAGACUGAAGAAUUUAUCGAAGUUUUAAAUUUGGACGUGAAAGCAGCAUAUUGAAAGCUCCAUUUUUUCAGUCAGCUCCUUACGCCCAGAAGACAAAGCUCAUCUUUAAUGAAUGUCUUCGCCGGGCUUCCGAUCCCAAAUACGUCCACCAAGAUGGUGCCACUGUCAAGCAAAUAUUCGACAAUUUCGCUUUGCUAGACCAAUACUGGUUCCCGACGUUGGGACUGGGCAAUCCCGAGCAACGCAACGUCCCGCACUUCCUGGGGACUUUUCUGGGAACGCUGAAGCGCGAGCUGAAGCUGUCAGUUUUCGUCACAUCUAGCGUGAAUACGAAUUGGAAGCGGCCGCAAGUCGCGCCGGGCACGCACAAGAAGAGCUAUUUGCUGUAUUUGGAUCAGCCCACGUUGGCGUACGACGCCAUCUACUACAAAGUUCGGUUGAAUGAAACUGAAGAGCUGUUUAGUAACAGCGCCUUCGACGCAGUCACUUAUUUGGCCAAAUUGAAGGGCAUUACUGUGGAUGAAGAGGAAGUGAAAAGAGAUAUCGCUGGCGCCUGGAAAGUGGAGAAAUUCAUCGCGCAAGAAGUCAAUGUUGGAGCGGAAGAGAAGCGGAAGUAUGAAAGGUAAAAUACGAAGGUUCCAGCUUCUUUGCACUAUCAAUCUGUCGGGAAAAUAAUGAGGGCAUUAUUGUAUCCAAAAUCCAAAAUUUUUUCCCUACAGAUUUAUAAGUCUAAAAGACUUCUUUUCUACAUAUUGUUUGACCCUUUCAGAUCCUACAACAUCUACACUGCCGGCGCAGCCAAUGAGCAAUUCAAAUUCCUCGACUUUCACCGCUUUCUCAUCGCUUUAGCAGCCUCUUCCAACGCCACAAAGCUGGUGCAAACACCAGGCUUCGAAUUCAACGUCAAUGAGCCUGCGGCAUUUAAAAAGUUGGCCGAUCAUUUACAAAAGAAAGUCGCCAAACGCGACCUCAUGAACUACAUCAACUUCCGGGUUUUGUUGGCGGUGAAAUCGCUAUUGCCCGAGGCCAAUAUCGACAAUUUUGAGUUCAAGUCGCAGCGUCAAAGAGGCUUUAAUAUCGGGCUUAAAAAAGGGUUCCAACCGCGCCGCCCAUUGCCAAUUCCUUUCCCCGAGCCGGAGCCCAUGCCCAGUCCCGGCACUUUCUCCGCGAUGGCUGUGGAUUACAACGAACUGAGGUGCGCAUUGGGAACUGCGAUAAAGGCUAGCGCAGCCACCACAAGGAUUUACCUUGACGAAGCGUUGCCCAAGGCAAAUCGAAAGGAAGUCAAGUCCAAGGUGGCGUUGUUGGUCAACAAUGUCAUUGAGGGAUUCCAGGUGAGUUGAUGGAAUUUUUUAGGUCAAAGUUUUGCAGAUGGUUGGUCAGCAUAUCAAAAAUCAAAAAUCUUGGGAAAAUAAAAGGGGUGCGACCUGCAGAGGGCAUUUUAUACGAUGAAAAGUUGGCUAGGCUUGGGCUGGGAUAAGCUUUGUUUAAGCUUUCCCAAAACCCUAGAUUAAUGCUUGUUAGGCUUAGACUUCGAUUUUUUCCUGGGCGCAAGUCUCGAAUUUUUCAUGUUUUGGGGUGUUGGCCAACCUGCGAAACUUUUUCCAUUUUUUAAACUUCAAAGAAGCUGUUGGUCGACUUUGACUUGAAAAACCCUGAUUUCAGUACCAACUAGACCGACUGAAUUGGAUGUCCACAGAGAGCAAGAAGAACGCCUACGACAAGAUCAACUACUUGGUCAAGAACCUGGUUUACCCCGAAUGGGUGGAGGACGAUGACAAAUUAGACGAGUACUACAAGGACCUUGAUCUUGACGGUAAGAAACCUACACCUUACACGGAAAAUAAGUGUGCCGUUUCGACUAAAUUUGUUUGUCAUUCAAUUUAUGUAUAGUAUGUUAUCGAGGUCUUGUUUUCAGCCGACCAAGACUACCUCGACUUCACCGCCUCUCUGACCCACUUCGAGCAAAACAAAGAGUUCUCUCUGCUUGCCUCCGAAGGCUCGGUCGAACGCGACGACUUCCUCAUGUCAAUGGCGCUGGUGAACGCGUGGUAUCAGCCGGAAGUGAACUCGAUCACCAUUCCCUACGGUAUUCUGCAAGCGCCUUUCUUCCACGUCGACCAACCAAUGGCCGCGAAUCUGGGCGGGAUUGGAGCGAUCGCCGGGCACGAGCUGACGCACGGUUUCGACGACGAAGGCUCUCAAUAUGAUGGCCUUGGAGUUUUGCGAACAUGGAUGGACGAGAAAUCUCAAAAACAAUUCGAUACGAUGGCUCAAUGUGUGAUUGAUCAAUACGCAAGUUUUGAGCCUUUUCCGGGCCUCUUCGUGGACGGCUCCAACACACAAGGCGAGAACAUCGCGGAUAAUGGAGGAAUUCGUGCCGCUUUCAACGCAUUGACCUCGUACGAAGCCUUUUAUGGGCCGGAUCCGGCGUUGCCGGACGACGUGUUGAGCGGCUUCUCGAACCAACAACUCUUCUUCAUCUCGUUCGCCAGAGCUUGGUGUGAGAUGCCGGCCGACAGAGACGAGAUUGAGGAGCAAAUCCUGCACGAUCCACAUUCGCCGUCCAAGUACCGAGUGGUCGGCAGUAUCCAGAACUUCCCCGCCUUCAGAGAGGCGUUCAAUUGCCCCGCGAAGACGGCGUACGCGCCCGCCGAGCAUUGCAAUGUAUGGGCGUCGGAAGUGAGCGACAAGAAUGGAGUGCCGAAGACGCCGCCACCAACCGUUGAUACUAGAAUCAGACCGAUUGGGACGAAUAAAAGCGAAGAGUUCAACGCGGUCAGCAGCAGGGUUGCUGGGAAUAUUAACUUGGAUGAGGAUCCGUGUGAGAACUUCUACGAGUAUUCGUGUCGCAAGAGCGACGGGAAAAAGCCAUUGGAGGAGGCGGAGAUUGCGGUGGACACGGCUGUCGAGAAAUUCUUGGCCACAACAAAGCUCAAGGAUGUAAGUUUUGGUCGUUCAUAGUCAGAGUCAAACCUUUGAACAGCAAAUUGCAAGAACCCAAAAAAUUAUUUGUAAUAUCACUCUGUAGGAAAAAUAAUGACCUUACGAGGGAAUGGUCUGAACUUCCCCCAGCGUUUGGGAAAAUGACUAGUACAGGUGGAUAGAGCAAGUCAACUUUGGUAAAAAGAGCCAUUUUCCAGCUGCGGAAUAAGCCCGGCCGACGAGAAAAAUCGACCGAAAGUUCCACAAAAAUUUCCUCUUUCUCUUCCCUCGGAAAAGAAGAGCGGCGUUCAGUGGUUCGGUUAGCCGAGUGGAUAAAGCUUCCGCUCGAUAUUCUUUUUGGGGCGGGUUCGAUUCCGGGGUCUCGCGAAGGACCAUGAUAAGGCUUUGAUGAGUAAGAUCAAGCUCUAACAAACAAAAAAAAAUAUUUUGCCAUUUUUAUACGUUUUAUAGGGGCAUUAUACCAAAAAAAUAAUCGUCAAAAUAGGAAUUUUUUGGGUGCUUCCGAACCUUUAAAACGAUGGUCCAUCGAAGUUAUACUUGUUUGGUGAUUUACUUGGCUUUGAAAAAGGCAAAUCAUUUUUUUUUUGGGUUGUUAGAGUUUGAUCUUGCUCAUCAAAGCCUUAUCACGGUCCUUCGCGAGACCCCGGAAUCGAACCCACCCCCAAAAGAAUAUCGAGCGGAUGCUUUAUCCACUCGGCUAACCGAACCACUGAACGCCGCUCUUCUUUUCCGAGAGAAGAGAAAGAGGAAAUUUUUGUGGAACUUUCGGUCGAUUUUUCUCGUCGGCCGGGCUUAUUCCGCAGCUGGAAAAUGGCUCUUUUUACCAAAGUCGACUUGCUCUAUCCAUCUGUACUAGUCAUUUUCCCAAACGCUGGGGGAAGUUCAGACCAUUCCCUCGUUAAAUCAAAUUUUGGCUUAUUGCGAUUCGUUGUUCAGAGGCUUGACUGCAAUUUUAUUACCUUAAUUGUGAUCCCCAUCUCUUUUUAGGAAGCCGUCGAGAAGGCCCGAAAAUUCCUCAAGAGCUGCGAAAGCGCCGAAGAUUCUCGCAUCGCAAUUCACACGGUUAUCCAGGAAGUCGAAGCCAUUCUCCGAGUCCACAUCAACUUCACCCACCCCAGCUUCAACGCUCUGAAUCCCUCGAGACUUGUGGGACUUGCGUACUUGUUCUCCUACAAGUACGAUGUUGACCUUUUCUUCCACCUCAAUCUGAGGCCAAAUUUGAAGAAAGAAGUGAAUACGGCCCCAUAUUUACUUUAUCUAGAACAGCCUGAACUGCUGUUAAAACCGGAGGUGUACAAGUCGACUUCUGCCUGGAAAAUCACAAAAGAAUUCGAGGAAUACACGACUGGACUGGUCAAGGUAAAGAUGAUACAGUUAUCGGUCUGUCGGGAAAAUAAUGAGCACUUUGUUGCAACGAAAGUCGCAACGCUGCCGAGAAAAUAAUUGUGUCGCGACAAAACCAAAUUUCUUUUCACUUCAGCGACGCGUGCGACACUGCUCAUUAUUUUCUCGACAGAAUGAUAAGAUAAAAAAAAAUAAAUCAAAUAUCAGCCUGUCGGGAAAAUAAUGACCGGCCGUCGCGGCAAAAUACAAUGUAAUAAUACUUGCAAAGAAAUGAUGGGCGAUUCGAAGACGCGAACAAUCCACAUUAUUUUCCCGUCAGACUGAUACACAAAAUUUUACAUUUUCUGGAUGACUUUUUUUAAUUAACCUCGUAUAAAACCUCGAAUUUUAGGCCUACUACAAGACUGACGAAGACAUCAGCUCCGUCAUAAGAUCAUCGCUGAAAAUUGAAGAGCAAUUGGCCAGUUUCAUCAGCGAGGAAAACGACGUCACCGAUGAUAAUUUUAACCUCAAAUCUUUAACUGAAUUGGCCAAAGAUUAUCCGAAGCUCCGCUUGCAGGACUAUUUCCUACAGAUCACCAAAAACGAAGGUAUUUUUGUGCAAGGACUUACGGCAUAUCUGAAAAAUCAUCAUACGAAAAUUGUGAAUACCGCGGCAAACUUCUUGGAAAAGUUUUCAAACUACGUUGAGAAUCUGAGCGGAAGGAACACGGACGAUUUAAUCCGCUACAUUGCGUUAAAGGCCAUUUUGAAGCUCCAAAGAUUCGCGCCAAGAGAACAUAACCAACUGAGUUUGGAAGUGAGAGAAGCCUUGGAUCAGGAGAUCUUCGCCUUGCCGAGCAAUGGGGUAGAUUUAUUCAACAUGCUUUAAAUUUUAGCCUGCCGGAAAAAUGAGCAUUCUGUCGUAUUGGAAAUCGCAUCGCCGCCGAGAAAAUGAAUUGUGUCGCGGCAAAAUCAAAUUGCUUUUCACUUCAGCGAUCGGCGAAGCGACAUUGUGGUCAUUAUCUUUCCGAUAGACUGAUAGAAGGAUUCACGAGUGCUCAUUAUUAGUCUGUCGGGAAAAUAACGCGCACAAUAUCGCUGCGCCGAUCGCGUUAAAGUGCAAUUGGAUUUUGCAGCGUCAUAAGUCAUUCUCUCGACGUUGAUGCAAUUUUCGAUGCACUCAUUAUUGUCUCGACAAACUUACAGACGUAUCUUUCAGAAAUCUUGCCUCAAAGAGCUCCAUCACUUCCUCCCCGUUCAAUACACCACCGCCGCCACUCUAGGCCUCUACAGCAAUGAGAAGGAGCUUUCUGCUCGUCAACGUGACGUUGCAAAGAUCGCUGACUACGUCUUUAUCGAAUUUGAGCGACAACUUGAAGGGGUUUCUUGGAUGCCCUUGAGCAGUCGGCAAAAAGCGAUCAAAAAGGUGCGAGCCGUCGCCAGAAACAUUGGAGUUCCAUAUGACGUGUCUGCGUACGACAUUCACGCCGUUGAAAAGUCGGUUUUAGCGGCUAACAGGCCCGUUAAGGCGUUGGAAUUGGCAGCGAACAAGCAUUAUCUGCAAUGGAGCGAUGCGGUCUUAAUGAAACGUCUUAAUCUGUUUUCAACCCUCUUGAACAAGCAAGAAAUAAGUCGCGAUAUAUUCCUAACGUAUUCGCAACGAAAAGCAACGCCAGCGGCGCAGUUCAGCCACGAUUUGAACUCAAUUUCGUUGUCGCUAGCGGCGCUACAAUCGCCUUUCUAUAACAAGGAUUAUCCAAUGGCCUGGAAUUUUGCGACUGUCGGGGGCUUGGUCGCCGAGCAACUGGCUCAUUUGUUCGAUGCCUCAGGGCUUGAUCACGACGAGUUUGGACAGUUGAAGAGCUGGCUUGACGCACAGAGCAAGGACGUUGUCAAGAAUCAGCUGGAGGAGCUGAAAAAGCAGUACUCGACGGUUGGAUUGGACCAUGUUAAAAGAUCAGAGAUCUUGGCCAAAACGCUGGGCGCUACGGUAAGUUAAAAAGCUGUCAAAUUAUCAGUCUGUCGGGGAAAUAUUGUGGAUUGCGUGACUUGUAAUUUGUCGCACCAAAUCUCCAUCCGCGCCUUGUCAUCGCCAAGCGAUGAUGGGCGAUUGUAAGAAACAACAAUUCCACAUUAUUUUCCUGACAGGCUGAUAAGCAAUUCGUGGAAUUUAUUCAUAAAAACUGCGAUGCAUAAAAGUGUGAAAGAGAGGAAAUGUCCAUACACUUUAUGAAGAUAUAAAUAUGUGCAUUUCAGCCUGUCGGGAAAAUAAUGAGCACUCUGUCGCAUCGAAAAUCGCAUCGCCGCCGAGAAAAUGAAUUGUAUCGCAAAAUCAAUGUUUUUUCACUUCAGCGACGCGAUUGGCGCAGCCACAUUGUGCUCAUUAUUUUCCCGACAGGCUGAUGCAAGGAUUAUCCAUUAGACGGCUCUACAAACAUUUUCAGCUCUCCUACCGCGCGCUCGUCAGUUGGAACGACUUCCACGGAGAACAGAGCCCGCUUUCCCACCCAAUCUUCCGCAACUACAACUCGGAGCAGCUCUUCUUCCUCCUCCACGCCCAAGAAUACUGCUCUCCCCGAGCCAACCGCAACAUCUCCUUGGCCUUCGACUUGAUUAACAGCGGCAAUUUCCGUCAUGUUUUCCACUGCUCAUCGGCCUCCAAAUUGGGUCGGAAACAGCGAGUCGCGUUGUACGAGACCGACGUUGACGGGUUCUUUGGUGUGCCCAACGUCCCCACAAAGUCUCCGGAGCUGAAUAUCCCAAAAGCUGCGCCCGAAUAUUCGCAGAAAUAUCGAGAGUGCGCUGCAGCGUUUGAAAAUUCCGUUGACACCACGGCCGAUCCCUGCACCGAUUUCUAUCAAUAUACCUGCGGAAAUUACCAUGACGACAGUCCCUUUUCCGAUGCUGAUGUGAAAAAUACAAUCAGAUUGCUGAAGUGAGAUUUUUUGGGUUUUAUGGCUGCUUCGUUUAGCAGGCUGUACAGUGUGUCCCAGGUUUGGGGUUCACCUCAUUUUUUGAUCAUUUCUCGGAGGGAGUUUUUCCAAAUGUUAUGAAAUUUUACAAAUGUGUUAACCAUCCUUUAAGAAUAAGCCACGCAAAGUUUCGUCUUAAUUGGCUUCAAUGCUCAUUUUCAGCGACAUAAGACAAGUCCACAAAGGCGACAGCAAAGUCGUCGCCUUGGAGAAACUAAUUUUCGCCCAAUGCAAACAAGAUCUGCCUCGUUUCGACGCCCUGAACGCCGAUGCCAAAGUUUUGAAGGAGAUUGUCGCAGAUCUGGAGUCCGUCCUUGGCCAGAAAUUCCCGCUGACCGCCAACAACACCGCAAAGGCGCUGACUGCGGAGGAGAUCGGGAAAGCCAUGGGAUUCUUGAGCGGAAAACAUGGGAUUGGAGCGCUUUUGGAUGUGAUGGUCUACACGAAUGUUCGAGCGCCAGAAAAGGGCUACUCGGUUUACAUUGGUUCGGGAUAUUAUUUGUUGGAAGUAAGAAGCUGUUAUCAUUUACAUAUAAACAAAGUUAGUAGACUGGGUUCUUCAAAAUGCAGAUCUUGGGCUUGCGCUUCGCAGAAAAGGCUAAGAUUUUUGGUCCAAAAUUGGACACUACUGGGACGAAAAACUGUAAUCUUACUUGUUGAUAUUAAUAUCAUCAUGUAAGCUUACUUAUAUUAGCAUUUGCAAAAAAUGCAUGUACACAAAGAACACCCCCAUUUUACCUGAUAAUAUUCUGUACAUCUUUUCAGGGAUUCAUGGGUGAGUCCGAGGAAGAGAUCGUCGAGACUGUCGGCGGUCUAAUUCUACAAUAUCUCAACGCCGUAAUGGACGUCUCUAACGAGACUGUAGCUAAUGUCAAAGAGGAAGUCAAAGCUUUCGUGAUGAUUGAGGGAUUACUUAUUGAUUCGAAUAAUCCCUCACGGAGGAACCCAAGAAAUGCGUCGGAAAGAUACCAUCAGAUCACGUUGAAAGAUCUGCUAGAAUCCUAUCCAACGCCAAUCAACUUCCGAAGUUUUUUGGAGGGAAUUGUCACCUCGGUGCCUGAGGCGGUUGAAAAAGUCACCAGCGACACGUUUGAUGUGGGACUUUCGGAUCCGCAAAACUUGCGGAGUUUCCUCGAAGCAUUUGAGGAAUUAUUGGCAAGAGAUGACCUAAAACCGCAGAAUCUGAUCAAUUACUUGUUCUAUCAUGUCCUGAUGCUCCAGCAUGGCGCGUUUCUACCGCCAGCGCCAGCGACUUUUGGUGCUGCGGGAGCCAAAGACUUUUAUAAGAAGUUGCUAUGGGAAAGACGGUUGCCGAAGCCCGAAACCGGAGGAAUUAAUUUCCCCGAGUCUGAAAUACCGUUGGAAAAGAAUCCAAGGCUCAUUGCCGCCGGCAUCACCGAACUCGACAUACAAUGUAUGCAGCUUGUGACGGCCCAAAUGCAAGAGGCAACAAAUGCGUUAUUCGUGGAGGUGACGUAUCCGGACAAGAAGAAGAGGCUGGAGGAUCGACUGGGAGUGGCCAAGUUCGCGGAUUCAAUUAUGGUCGGGUUCAGGACAAUGCUGGAUCAACUGAACUGGAUGAAGCCGGAGUCGAAAGCGGUAAGCAGCUUCUUUUAUGGAAUAUUUGGGAUGUGGUUUUCUAUGAAUCAGAAGAAUUUUGAUUGAAAUCUUUCCUAAUGCAGGGCUAAGCUCAAAAAUUCUGGAUUUGUGCCCUCAGGGCAGAUGACUGUUUGUCAGGAAACUAAUGUUUUUUUUUGACUUCAUGAAAAAAAAACGGGUUUUCCGAUUUUCAAUCAGGAAGUUGCGGUUUACCCCAAAUUUAUCAUUGGAAAAUAAUGAGCACAUAUCGCAUUGAAAAUCGCUUUGUGGUCGAGAAAAUAUUUUAAAUUCCAAUUUUUACCUUCCCUCCAUUUCAGACCGCCUACAAGAAAAUCGAUCUUCUCGUCAAGAACAUUGCCUAUCCCAACAUCUCCAUUGACCCCGUGAAAUUAGAAGAUUAUCAUAAAGAGCUCCUUGACAGCAAUAUCAUCGAAUCCACUUUCCCCUACACUCUGAAUUCCCUCCUUAGAUUCAACAUGAAGCAGGCUGUAAAAGAACUUGUAAAACCGGUCUACGACCGGUCGACUUUUGGUUCAGCUUUCCGACUGAAUGCAUGGUAUCAACCGGCCGCGAACUCGAUUACUCUGCCCGCUUCUAUCUUGCAGCAGCCGUUUUAUGACGCUGAAUGGCCGGAUUCGGUCAACUUUGGAUCCAUUGGAGCGGUGGCUGGACACGAACUUGUUCAUGCGUUCGGUGAGUGGUCUUACGAAGAGAUAUGAGAUGUACGACCUGAAAAUUCGCUUUCUAGUAGUCUUAUUGUUAGUCUCUAUGCACACUGCCGCAAGAUCUCGCUAUCUCCUUAUAGAAUAAGAUUCAGGGCGAAAAUUAAGUUAUAUCGGAUUGUCGGGAAAAUACUAGUCGUUCCAGAAAGUGCGUAGACUUUUUUCCGCCUUUUUUCGGACCGCACAGUGCAAGUUUCCUGUUUCCCACGCGACGCGAUCCUUUUUGAAACAUUUUGCACUGUGCAAUUUCAAAAAUGUCACGCGGGCUCCCUUGAGAAAAGCUUGCGUCGCGGCGAUAUCCGGUUGCACAGUGCAAAAAGGUCAAAUGCACCCCGCAAAAAGGGAAUUUUGUGCACAGUGCGGACCGCGACAAAAAGUCUAGGCACUUUCUGGAACGACUAGUAAUGAGCCCUCUGACGCAUCGAAGAUCGCAUCGCGGCCAAGGAAACGACUUGUAUGUAUAGUGGCAAGAUCAAAUUGCAUUUCACUUCAGCGACGCGAUUGGCGCACCGAAAUUUUGCUCAUUAUUUUCCCGACAGACUGAUACUAGCGUUAAUCCCAAAAAACCCGUAAAGUUUUAAUUUCUUGGGAAGGUCUUAUUAUUUUCCCAACCCACUGGUAUAUUCUGAGAUAUUCACCACCCAGGAAAGAUGGUGAAUAUCUCGGAAGUCCCUGCAAGAGAUAUAUUAUUUCAAUUUCAGGGGAUUGAUAAGCUACCGUAAAGGUUAUUUAGGCACUUAUUCACUCUGUAUUUUGCUUCAGUAUUUAAAAAACCAUUUAAAAUUUUUGCAGACGACAGUGGCGUGCAAUGGGAUCCAGUGGGUCGGCUUCGAAGCUGGAUCGACGACGAAUCCUUCAAAAGCUUCCGCGAGAUGGCCGACUGCGUGGUGGACGAGUACAAAAAGUUCUGCUACCCCGACGGCCAAUGUGUGGACGGCUCCCACACGCAGGGCGAGAAUAUCGCGGACAACGGCGGGAUUCAAGCCGCGUAUCGCGCCUAUCGCAGUGCGGUCGGCGUCAACGGGCCGGACGCGGCGUUGCCGGGCAAGCUGAUCGGCCAGUUCACCUUCGAUCAGCUCUUCUUCCUGUCGUUCGGCCGCACCUGGUGCAGUGGGCCCGUCUCGGCGGAGCGAAGGGCGGCAAUAUUGAAGGAUGUGCAUUCGCCGCCGGAGUUCCGCGUUUUCGGCACACUACAGAACUUCCCCGCCUUCCGGGACGCGUUCAAUUGCCCGUUGAAGGCGGCGUACGCGCCGGAGAAGCAUUGCCAAGUGUGGAUCACGGACAUCGAGCCUUGUAAGUUGGGUUUAGAGGGGAAAAUUAAUUUUUUUCGAAUUUUCAAAUUGGGCAUCGUCCUCUAAAAUUUCGGAAAUUUUGUAAAAUACGAUAAAAAGGGGAUGUCAAAUAUUUGCAAGGCAAUUCUGAGGAGAUCUUUUGGAUUUUUCGUGCAAAAGUAAUGAGUUUUUUGGCUUCAUGAGACAAAAAGCAAUUUUUUCCAAUUUUCAAUCAAAAAUUAGCGAGGUACCCCAAAAUUUACAAGUCUGUCGGGAAAAUAAUAAGCACUCAGUCGCUUCGAAAAUCACAUCGCCGCCGAUAAAAUUAAUUGUGGUGCGACAAAGUCAAAUUGCUUUUCACUUCAGAGACGAGGAUUUGCGCAGCGACAUUGUGCCCAUUAUUUUCCCGACAGACUGACAGUAGUCCGUUCGCAAGUCGCUGGAGUCAUUUUUGCGACAUAGCUUUUUUUUGGGCUGUCCCAUCCACAGUCCAUGUCGCCAAAAUCACCCCAACGACUUCGCGAGCGGACUAUUAGGACAAAACGCAAUGUUUUUCCCAAUUUUCAAUUAAAACUUUGUGAGGAGUACCCCAAAUUUAACUUUUCUUUUUCCAGCCCUAGCCGUGCCCACUCCCAUCCCGCCAAAGUCGACCCACUUCAAGGACAUCAAGAAGAAUCAAACCGAAAUUGUUGUUUAG